CGGCCCAGGCUCAAUCUCCUCCUGCAUUUGCUUUUUCCCCGUAUUCUGGAAGUGUCGUCUCCUUCUGUGCCACCGCAUAGCUGAAACCCCCACCAAACGACGAUCACGGCCCACGUUGGACAGACAGACACGGCACACUGCUCAGUAGCGUCGGUCAGGUAGCAUCGCAGCAGGACAAUGAAGCGCUACUCGGGAGUCGCAGCAGCCUUGGCUGCCAUUACGACCCACGCGGCCGGUGCUGCCGGUGCUGCCGUCCACCAAAGCAACGCAUGCUGCAACGCCCUCUCCAAGCACCCCAGCCUCGCCGGCAAGGUCGCGUACCCAGACACGGCACUCUACAGCACUCGGCUCGACUCCUACUGGUCGUCGAGUGCGGCACUUGCGCCAUGGUGUAUGGUGUUGCCCACGGCCACCGACGAGGUCUCGGCUGUGGCUUCUGUCCUCAGCACCAACCAGUGCCCCUUUGGCAUUCGCAGCGGCGGCCACUCGCAGUGGGCUGGGGCCAGCAGCGUCCAGGAUGGCGUGACGAUCGAUCUCGGCUUCUUCAAUAGCACCACCUUUGAUGCCGACAGGCAGGUGGCCUCGAUCCGGCCCGGGUCCCGCUGGCAAGGCGCCUACGACACGCUCGAGCCGUUUGGUGUCAGUGUGCCCGGCGGCCGUGCUGGUAUUGUGGGUGUUGCAGGCUUCACUCUGGGUGGGGGUUACUCGUACUACUUCAACUCGCUGGGCUUCGCCGCCGACAAUGUCGUCAACUACGAGGCGGUCCUUGCCGACGGGCAGGUCGUCAAUGCCAGUGCCGAUGAGAAUGCCGACCUCUGGCACGCCCUCAAGGGCAGCUCUGGCAACCUGGGUCUCGUCACCCGGUUCGACAUCCGCACAAUUCCUUCCAUCGCCAUCUGGGGCGGCCUGACGACGUACGAGCUCGGCUCCAUUGACGCCGUGUGGCAGGCAUUUGCCAAUUUUGCCGACAAUGUCGACGCCGACCCGGCCAGCCAGAGCAUCGUUUAUACCAUCUUUGUCGGCGGCCAGUUCAUCGUGCAGUCGCUUCUAACCAACCAUGACGCCCUUGACACGGCCGCCGCUUUUGCCGAGUUCCGCACCGUCCCGGCCACCGGCACCACGGCAACGGUCCGCACCAUCGCCGACCUCGCCAACGAGCUCAGCGGCGGGCAGCCCAUCGGCAUCCAUGCCGACUGGUUCGUCACCCAGUUCAAGACGGACGUCCGCAUCAUGAAGUUCGUCGCCGAGCAGCACACGGCCAUGAUCGAGACCCUGCAGACCCUCAUCUCGCCCGACGCUCAACUCCAGACCCUGUGCCAGUUCCAGCCCGUGUCCCCCUCAGCCGUCGCCAAGGGCAAGGAGUCCGGCGGCAACGUCAUGGGCCUGGACGCCGUCGUCCCCGACGGCAAGGCCACCACCAUGUUCCUGUUCACCGCGCAGGUCGUCACGCCCGAGGACGAGCCCACCAUCAUUGCCCACGCCCUCGACUUUAUCGACAAGAUUGACGAGUUCUCCAAGAGCCUCGGCCAGUUCAUCGACUGGAAAUUCCUGAACUACGCGUACAAGACGCAGAACCCGAUCGCGUCGUAUGGCGCACAGGAUGUCGGCCUGAUCAAGGCUGCGGCUGCCAAGUAUGACCCCAAGGGCGUGUUCCAGAAGUUGAGACACUCGGGCUUCAAGAUUCCUGCUUGAGCUGAGCCCGGAACCGCUCCCCUCGACUCACGCCUCAACGAGCCAAGAUAUUCAUGAUGAAAGAUAGCGCUAGACAUAGACAUAGACGCAAAAGAGCAACAUUAUCAUGGUUAACGUGUCACCCUGCACGCGUUAACCUGGUCGGCAUUUUGGUGAUUGCGGCUCGUAUACACUGUACACCGGCUGAACGAGCGCAGAACUCGGGCUUUAGGACAGCG